GUAAAGUGGCGCUAGCAAGCUCAUGGUGUUCAUGUCCGACAACAUUGAAAUCGUACGGCUGCGUACCUCUUUUGAUCUGUGAAACAGCUGCAACAUGGCGUCUUCAUCAUCGCUUAUCAUCCCAGAAAAAUACCAACACAUGUUGCGUGUUAUGUCAACCAACAUUGACGGUAAUCGCAAAAUUACACUUGCAUUAACUGACAUCAAAGGAGUUGGUAGACGUUAUGCCGAUAUGGUCGUCAAAAAGGCAGACAUUGCACUCCAAAAACGUGCUGGUGAAUGCACAGAAGAAGAGAUUGAAAAAAUUGUCACAAUCAUUGCUAACCCAAGACAUUACAAGAUCCCAGAUUACUACUUGAAUCGUCAAAAAGACAAAGUUGAUGGAAAAUUCACCCAACUUACUGGCUCAGCAGUUGACUCCAAACUUCGUGAAGAUUUGGAAAGACUAAAGAAAAUCCGUGCCCACAAGGGUCUUCGUCAUUACUGGGGUCUUCGUGUUCGUGGUCAACAUACCAAGACAACUGGUCGUCGUGGUCGCACUGUUGGUGUCUCCAAGAAGAAGUAAAAAAUGUAAUUUAUACACAUUGUUUCAAUAAAUUUUACAUAAAUCUA